GUGAGAGCUGUAGACUUUUGUUGCGUAAUUUAUUUAUCUUAGUGGUAUCAUUUAAAAAUAAAUUUAGAUAUAAUGAAUGAAAAAUGUCUCGAGUGGUACGAAUUUUGAGAGCUGGUCGUAUGAGCUAUGCCAAAUCUUUACGUCUUCAACGUCUUGUAGCUGCUUCCCACGUUGGAACUUUGAUCUUAACAGAGCAUCCUCCAGUUUAUACCAUUGGCAUAAGAACAAAUGCUUAUCCAGAAUAUGAAGAAAGAAGAUUAAAGGCAUUAGGCGCGGAUUAUCACAGGACGAACAGAGGCGGACUAGUCACAUUUCACGGCCCUGGCCAAUUAAUAGCAUAUCCAAUCAUAGAUCUGAAAAAUUUUGUCCCAAGUGUACGAUGGUAUGUUCAAAGUUUGGAGGAAGUAGUAAUCAAAAUGUGUUUGAUAUAUGGAGUCAAAGCCGAACGAUGCAAAGAUACAGGAGUCUGGUGUGGAAAUGAUAAAAUUUGUGCAAUUGGCGUACAUGCCAGUCGUUACAAAACAUCUCAUGGAUUGGCCCUAAAUUGUGAUUCUGAUUUAAAUUGGUUUUCACACAUAGUUCCUUGCGGUUUGCCUGGAAAGGGCGUCACAUCCCUAACUAGGCAACUGGAUCAUCCUAUCACUGUUGAUGAGGUGACACCAACAUUUUUAAAAUGUUUUGCACAGGUGUUUGUAUGCGAAUUGAAAGAGAUGGAUCCAGAAGAAGUGCAUAGCUUAUUGAGAGCUUCUGACGAGGAUGUAUUAAGUAAUGAAAAAAUAAGAAAUGUAGAACCUUAAUUAUUUAUAUUUU